AUGGAGGCCUUGGAAGCGGCCGUUUUGUCGCGGAAAGGAGGAGGAGACGAAGACAAAACGAGAAAACUUUGGCGAGAGCCUUUGAAACAGAUCGCGGAUUUGGAAAAUCGAGAGAAAAGGGACGCUUUGGCGACGAGUUUAGUUCCCUUGGCAAAGUUUUUUUUCUCUCUCUCAGAAGAAAAUAAUGCGACGACGACUGCGACGACGACGACGACGACUACUGCUGCGACGACGACGAUUCAGACGACGACGACGUUUGACGAACCGCCGAAAGCAAACGAGUACGAUUUUGUGACCAGAGACGUGUCGUUGAGCACGCCGAGAGGGAAAUUUGACGUGUAUAAGAUGAGAAAUUCGUCUUCGAUUUUGUUGUAUUCCUGCAAUCCGAAAAAGAAGGAGAGUUUGUUGCUGAGGAAAGAGAACAUGGCCACGUUCGCGGUGUUACCGACGGAGGACUCGAACGGGACGCAAUAUUUGGUGGUUUCUUUGAAAGAGGAGGUGACGUUACCGUCGGUAAAAAAUGGGAUUAAAGCUAUCGUGUGGCAAUCGAGGGCGCAGUUAUCCGCGGCGGAGAAAAAAUUGAAAGUGACCGUCGGCGAAGGAGGCGAAGGCGCCAUGUCGGAGAAAGAAGUGAAAGACGCGUUUACGGUUGGCGAGCACGACUUGAGCGAAGAAGAUACGUUGAAAAAUUCAAUUGGAUUGAUGAGGUGUUACGUCAAAUCGUGCGGUGUGAAAGAGUACACCAAAGGGUUCGUGAAAGUGAAGUGCGUGUUGAAAUUCAACGACGGGUAUUUGUUUUUGCUGAGGAAACAUUUGAUUUUUCUCGAACGGCCGGCGAUUGUGACUUUAGUGGAAGAUUUGGACGAGUUACGGAUCAUGAGAGCGGAAGCUGGAGGGUCGAGCAAUUUUGAUUUAGCGUGUAAAUUGGACGGCGUCGAAUACGAGUUUUUGAACAUUUCGAAGGAAUAUUUGUUGCCGGUGAGAGAGUGGCUGUCAAUGGUAUGCGAGGAAGCGCCGGCGGAGGGUGACGACGGCGACGACGAAGAGGAUGGAGGAAUGAAAAAGAGAAGUAGCAAAAAAGAGGACACGACGCAAGAUAUUCUCCAAGAUGUCAACUCGGAUUCCGACGACGACGACGACUCGGACGACGAUUUCAAAGGCGAGGAAUCUGAAGAAGGAGAAGAUGACGACGACGAUGAUGAUGAUGAUGAUGAUGAUGAUAACUCUGGAUCUGACGAUGACUCAGACGACGACGACUCGGACGACGACGAUGGUGCAUUUAACACGGUCGCGAAGAACGAAACGAAAGAGAAGAAGAAGUCACACACUCCGACCGGAACCAAACGUCCGCGCGAAGGCGAAGAAGAAGACAAAGAGGAGAAAAAGGGAGACGACGAUUUUGAAGACGCCGAAUCAUCGGACUCCGAUAACGCUUUCGGCAUGAGGUCCGUCGCUCCCUGA